AUGGCCGAAACACCACAGCCUAAUCAUGCUGGCGGGCUCGAUUCCUCCGGCACCCAGCCAGCUCAACAUCCGGGAGACGGUGACAUUGCGGCCAAACGGAACAUGCCCAAGCUGAAGUAUGCGUCAGACGAGGGUUUGAGGAGCUACAGUGACCGGCAUUACAUCUCCGCUGGAGACGACGCCAUCGCCAAUGGCUAUCCCCGCUGCGAUCACGAUUGUGCGACAGGUUCGACUUCAACACAUGCCCAUGCCCGAGACGGGUGCCACCUCCCCGCCCUCCCCUCCGAGCUGAUAGACAACAUCUUGUCCUACCUCUCCCCGCUGGACCUCCUCUCUCUCUCAUUAACGUGCCAUGUCCUCCACGCUCAUGCCACCGAUGACCACCUGUGGCACGCCCUGGUACAAUCGCACAUCCCGGGGAUGGCCAUCACGACUCCGUACCCCUGCGCAACCUUCCGCGAGCUCUACUCAGCCCACGAUCCCCGCUGGUUCCUGCCCCGCUACAAGCUCUGGUUCUGCGAUCGUGACCUGACGGGGAAGCUCAUCAUUGUGCGUUACGACCAGCGUCGAGGCUGCAUCGAGGGAUAUCAACUACUGGCCACCAGCAACCGCACGACGCAUCAGCAAUGGGGCGCGGAUAGCGAGGUCAUUAUACAUGCUUUCGAACCAGAAGUCAAGCUGCAUCUGGACAAGCCCGUCCUCCAGCUUCGGGCCCAUAGUCUCGAGAAUCUGAUCCGUGCCAAGAAGGCAACGACUCCUGUGUUUAGUUUUGCGGGACCGUCGAGAUUCUCAAGCUCGUCAUCACUACAAAUAAACCGCUUCACAGCAGAAAUACCCAUGCCACUCGAUGAUAGGCCCACAGACACCAUGUUCAGCAACUUCAUGCUUGCAAGACCCCUGGCCAAGAACCUUGUCGAUGAACGGCAGGGCCUGCCUUUCCCAUAUGGCAAUGUCUGGCCACCACCGGCCAUACCUGCGAGACACCGAGUGGCCGCCGCGAGCCUCUACCAGCGGGAGGGCGGCGAGCUUCUUGCCUCUGACGACAGGCCAACAGGGCGGGCGGAGAUGAGCGACCAGACAUUCCGGAUCCGGAGCUGGAUGGAAAUGCGGCCGGCGGGUAUGCGUGGGGUGAGCUUUGGCUGGGUCGGGCCGACUCUGCUCGACCGCCAGAACGGAGACGAGGACGAGGUACUGGAAGGCACGCAUAUUGGGGAAGAGAUCACCACGUUCUCAACGCUUGACCCUGUCCUGUACACGCCGACGGCGGAUAUGCCGUGGCGCGGGAUCUGGGUCGGGGACUAUAGUGGGCAUGGGUGCGAGUUUCUACUCAUCAAUCAAGAGCACAGUGAUGAUGAUGUCAAUGCCGGCGCGAUGGAGCGAGAAGAAAGCGAGACGGAGGAAGAGUUCGAAAAGAGGAAGGCUGACGCCAGGAUAUACCGUGGACGCUUAGAAGCCGUCAAGCUGACUGGGGACCCUAAUGUGCCACGAGGCGAGUACACCUUCGUGGCGGACGACCUUGGCUCGAGUGGCUUCGUUGCUAUUGUGCAGGACGAGCCAUUCCGUGGGGCGAGGGUUGUUCGAAGUAGGGGGCACGUCGCGGGGACAGGGUUCCUGAACGACACAUAUAUCGAGUCCCAACUACUGCUCAUAUCCCCUAACCGGCUGGCUCAGUACUGGGUAGGAUUCGGGCAUAUAAGCUUCUUUGAGCGGGUGGACGUAGAUAGCUUUCUCAUCCCCUAG